GCUCUCCUGGACGACCCCCUGUACAUCGGGCUGCGCCAGAAGCGAGUGACCGGCGCCGCGUACGACGAGUUCAUCGAGGAGUUCAUGCGCGCAGUGGUGCGGCGCUUCGGCCAGACCACCCUGAUCCAGUUCGAGGACUUUGGCAACCACAACGCCUUCCGUCUGCUCGAGAAGUACCGCGACCAGUACUGCACCUUCAACGACGACAUCCAGGGCACCGCCAGCGUGGCCGUCGCCGGCAUCCUCGCCUCCCUGCGCGUCACCAACACCCGCCUCUCGGACAACGUGCUGCUGUUCCAGGGCGCCGGCGAGGCGUCGCUCGGCAUCGCCAGCCUCUGCGUCAUGGCCAUGAUGAACGAGGGCACCUCGGAGGCCGCGGCGCUCAAGCGCAUCUGGCUCGUCGACUCGCGGGGGCUGAUCGUCAAGAACCGUCCCGAGGGCGGCGUGACGGGCGAGAAGGUGCGCUUCGCGCAGGACCACGCGCCCGUCAAGACCCUCACCGAGGCCGUCAAGACCGUCAAGCCCUCCAUCCUGAUCGGGGCCGCCGCCAUCGGAGGCGCCUUCACGCCCGAGAUCCUGCAGACCAUGGCCGCCAACAACAAGAAGCCCAUCGUGUUCGCGCUCAGCAACCCCACCAGCAAGGCGGAGUGCACCGCGGAAGAC